UUGGGGUCGGCUGAAGGCGGACAAACGAGUUGGGACAACACCAGCGUGUCUACGUCGCAGGACAGUUUGCAGAGCUCAGACAACGGCAUUGCUCACAGCACCAAUUACCACAGGUAUUACCAUGUGUUCCGGGAGCGUGAGUUGGACAAGCUUAUCGAGAAGUACGUGCAAAAUUUGCAUAUCAUAUCCUCGUACUACGACCACGCAAAUUGGUGCAUAAUCGCCGAAAAAGUGCAAGUUUGGACUAUUUAAUUUUCCUCGCCCAAAUUAACCUUGAAACCAAAGAAACUGAUUCACCUCAACGAAACACUCCGAAAAAACCGUUACCAAAGAUUUGUCAGUGCAUUCAAUCACUUCUGAGUGAUUCCCCCCCCCCCCUCCUGUGAGAAUUUUGAUUCAAAAUCUUUUGAAAAGGGGG